UGUCCAAGUGCACAGUGCACAGAAAUGUGCACCCAGCUCUGCUGAACUUUGACCCUCAGAGCGAUAACAUCCCCAUUUGUCCGUUUUUCUUUAUCAGCUGAGCAACCUUGGCAUUUGUGGGACGUCAGGCUGCUGUCCAACCUCUCUGUUGGGAAGGGAGUGGGCCGGUGAAAUAUACGACUUCCUGUGAGAGUUUCAGUUGUGAGCUUGGCAGUCCUGGACGGAGCUUCGGACGGCUAAUCCACAGCUAAAAGCCCAGAAUAUUCAGAUCAGCUUAAAGCAAAACAAGAAGAUGAACAGAAACAUCAAGUUGAGUAAAGAUCUCCCAGACAUUGAGAGCAUCCUGGCUCUGAAUCCCAGAGUGAAGAGUCAUGCUCAGAUCUUUUCUACUGCAAGCAAGAAGAAAGAGAAGAAACACUGGAAGAGAAACCCUGAAAGAAACUGUGAUUCUUGCCUGAAGUUAGAAAACAACUUUGAUGACAUCAAGCACACAACUCUGAGCGAGAGAGGAGCUCUCCGGGAAGCACUGCGGUGUCUAAAAUGUGCCGAUGCUCCCUGUCAGAAGAGCUGCCCGACAAACCUGGACAUCAAGUCAUUCAUUACAAGUAUUUCCAACAAGAACUACUACGGGGCAGCGCGGGCCAUCCUCUCUGACAACCCUCUGGGUCUGACCUGUGGGAUGGUUUGUCCCACAUCAGAGCUGUGUGUCGGGGGCUGCAACCUGUACGCCUCUGAAGAAGGACCCAUCAACAUCGGAGGGCUGCAGCAGUUUGCUACUGAGGUGUUCAGUAAAAUGGGCAUCCCUCAAAUCAGGAACCCUGAACUCCCAGCAGCCAAUGAGAUGCCAGAGUCCUACCACGCUCCUAUUGCUCUGAUUGGCUGCGGCCCAGCCUCAAUCAGUUGCGCUUCUUUCCUGGCCCGUCUGGGAUAUGAUAAUAUCACUAUAUUUGAGAAACAGAAGUACAUCGGAGGAUUGAGCACCUCAGAAAUCCCUCAGUUCAGGCUUCCCUAUGAGGUUGUCCAGUUUGAAAUAGAUUUGAUGAAGGACCUGGGAGUGAAGGUGGUUUGUGAGAAAGGUUUAGGUGUUAAUGGAAUGACUCUUUCAUCCCUGAAAGGGGAGGGAUUUAAAGCUGUCUUCAUUGGGAUUGGUCUGCCUCAGGCUAACAGGGCCGAGAUCUUCCAGGGUUUAACUGUGGACCAAGGCUUUUUCACUUCUAAAGACUUUCUGCCUGUGGUGGCUUCUGCCAGUAAGAAAGGUAUGUGUCAGUGUCGCUCUGCGCUCCCGGAGUUAAAGGGGGUGGUGAUCGUGUUGGGUGCCGGCGACACCGCAUUCGACUGCGCCACCUCAGCUCUGCGCUGCGGAGCCAGGAGAGUCUACGUCUGCUUCAGGAAAGGUUUCACCAACAUCAGAGCCGUUCCUGAGGAGAUGGAGCUGGCUAAAGAGGAGAAGUGUGAGUUCCUGCCCUUCCUGUCUCCUCGUGAGGUCAUCAUGAAGAACGGCAGGAUCGCCGGGCUGCAGUUCUGCCGCACCGAGCAGACCGAGGAAGGCAACUGGCUGGAAGACGAGGAUCAAAUCAUCAGGCUGAAGGCUGAUUACAUUAUUAGUGCCUUUGGGUCCAUGCUGAAUGACCCACAAGUGACUGCAGCCAUGGCUCCUGUGAAGCUGACCCGCUGGGGAACUCCGGAGAUCAACAUGGAAACCAUGCAGACCAGUGAACCCUGGGUGUUUGCAGGAGGAGACGUUGCUGGUUUGGCGAACACCACAGUGGAGUCUGUGAAUGACGGCAAACAGGCUUCAUGGCACAUUCACAGAUAUAUGCAGUCCCUCUAUGGACACACAGUGGACACCGUCCCAAAGCUACCUUUGUUCUACAGUGCGAUAGAUCAGGUGGAUAUCAGUGUGGAGGUUUGUGGUCUGAAGUUUCCCAACCCAUUCGGCCUAGCUUCUGCUCCUCCCACCACCAGCACAGCCAUGAUCAGACGAGCCUUUGAGCAAGGAUGGGGCUUCGCUCUGACCAAAACCUUUGGACUGGAUAAGGAUCUGGUGACCAACGUGUCUCCUCGUAUCGUGCGAGGCAACACCUCAGGGCACGUGUAUGGACCGGGUUUGGGAUCCUUCCUCAACAUUGAGCUCAUCAGUGAGAAAACAGCAGCGUACUGGUGUCAGUCUGUCGCUGAGCUGAAGAAGGACUUCCCUCACAAUAUUGUGAUCUCCAGCAUAAUGUGCAGCUACAACAAGGAAGACUGGACAAAGCUCGCCAAGAUGGCUGAGGAGUCAGGAGCAGAUGCAUUGGAGCUCAACCUGUCAUGUCCUCACGGGAUGGGAGAAAGGGGAAUGGGACUGGCCUGUGGACAAGACCCGGUGUUGGUGCGAAACAUCUGUCGGUGGGUGCGUGCAGCAGUUUCCAUUCCUUUCUUUGCCAAACUUACACCAAAUGUCACCAAUAUUGUUGACAUUGCCAAAGCAGCACAUGAAGGUGGAGCAGAUGGAGUGACGGCCACCAACACUGUCUCGGGUUUGAUGAGUCUGAAGGCUGACGGCUCUCCCUGGCCAUGUGUUGGUGUGAGCAAACGCACCACGUAUGGAGGAGUGUCUGGUAAUGCCAUCAGACCCAUCGCUCUCAAAGCCGUGUCAGCCAUUGCUAGGGCAAUCCCCGGUUUUCCUGUCCUGGCCACCGGUGGUAUCGACUCGGCAGAGAGCGGACUCCAGUUCCUCCACGCUGGAGCCUCGGUGUUGCAAGUGUGUAGUGCAAUUCAGAACCAGGACUUCACGCUAAUUGAGGAUUACUGUGUUGGUCUGAAGGCCUUAUUGUACCUGAAGAGCCUGGAGCUAAAGGACUGGGAUGGUCAGUCUCCUCCAACUGAAAAACAUCAGAAAGGAAAACCAGUUCUCAAACUGGAAGACCUGGUUGGGAAGACCCUUCCUAGCUUUGGUCCAUACCUACAACAGAGAACUGAAGCCAUAGCCAAGUACAAAAGUGAACUCAGAAAAGCUGAUAAAACAGAUGUGACAGACACAAACGUCAAUCGUGUCAACCAGCCCAAAAGACCAGUUCCUGCUGUCAAGGAUGUGAUAGCCAGAGCACUGCGUUACAUCGGAGCAUAUGGGGAACUUAACAACAUGGAGCAGGUCCAGGCUCUGAUAGACGAAGAUAUGUGCAUCAACUGUGGUAAAUGUUACAUGACUUGCAACGACUCAGGAUACCAGGCUAUACAGUUUGAUCCAGAGACCCAUCUUCCUUUCGUGACGGACAGCUGCACAGGAUGCACUCUUUGUCUCAGUGUCUGCCCCAUUAUAGACUGCAUCAAUAUGGUUACCAGGACAACACCUCAUGUACCUCAGAGAGGCAUACCCAUUAGCCCUGUCUGCUAAAGGGAUUAUUAAACAGAACAAACCAAUUAAAUGUUGAGAUUAAGCAUUUUUCUGCUU